GAGUCCCGCUCAGUGGGCGCACCAGGGACCUGGAGCACUCGCUAUUGGCCGAUACAGCCGCUUGUCCGCAAUGAGGCGGGCAGUGGGCGGGGAAAAGGCGAGGCUCGCGGGUCCCUGGGCGCCCGGGUUGGUAACACCGGCUGGAACCCCUACCCCCAGUGACAUCUGGGCCCGGACUUCGCGGACAACCCGUAGGGAAGGCCCACAGCACAGCUUUUUCUCUCAGAUCUGAAGUAACCCAGGGCAAGGCGGACUAACCUCCACUUCCGUACGCCACCGCGCCCCAUUGCUUCCCCUCCCUGAGGUGGGACAGAAAGGGAUCUCACCUUGUGGGCGCGCAUAUCCUGCCAGAAAUGCAGUGCCGCUGCUGUUUGGAGACCUGGGGCUCACUCUCAUCCUCGCAGUAGGCCCUGCCAUGGAGCCGGGCAGCAUGGAGAAUCUUUCCAUCGUGUACCAGAGCAGUGACUUCCUGGUGGUGAACAAACAUUGGGACCUGCGCAUUGACUGCAAGACUUGGCGGGAGACCUUAACCCUGCAGAAACAGCUUCGACACCACUUUCCAGAGCUGGCUGAUCCUGACACCUGCUACGGGUUCAGGUUCUGCCACCAGCUGGACUUCUCCACCAGCGGGGCACUGUGUGUGGCCCUGAACAAGGCAGCUGCAGGCAGUGCUUAUAGAUGCUUCAAAGAGCGGCGUGUGACCAAGGCUUACUUGGCGUUGGUCCGGGGCCACGUCCAGGAGAGCCAGCUGACAGUCAGCUAUGCCAUUGGCAGGAACAGCACAGAAGGUCGGACGCAUACCAUGUGCAUCGAGGGCACACAGGGUUGCGAGAACCCAAAGCCAAGUCUCACAGAGCUGCUGGUCCUGGAGCAUGGGCUAUAUGACGGCAAUCCUGUAUCCAAAGUGCUGCUGAAGCCUCUGACAGGCCGGACUCACCAGCUGCGUGUGCACUGCAGUGCCCUUGGUCACCCUAUUGUGGGUGAUCUGACGUAUGGGCAGGCCACUGGACAGGAGGACCAGCCCUUCCGCAUGAUGCUGCACGCGUUCUACCUGCGCAUCCCCACACUGGCCGAGUGUGUGGAAGCCUGCACGCCGGAUCCCUUCCUGUCUACCCUAGACGCCUGCUGGUGCCCCCACACCCUGGUACAACCUCUUGACCAGCUUGUCCAGGCCCUGCGGGCCGCCCCUGACCCUGAACCCAUGGAUGGGGACCCUGGGCCCUGUAGCCCCUCCAAACCCCUACCUGGGCCAGGGCAGGGUCUCCCUGAGACUGAGGCUCAAAGAACAUCCUACCUGCAGUGGCUAUCAGAAUGGACACUGGAACCAGACAACUGAAGGCCACUGUGGGAUGCUGGACUCAGUUGGGCAAGGGGCUGGUAGGGCAAGCAGAGGACCAGCUAGGCAUGACUUUUGGAGGUCAGUGCUCUCAGGCUGUGGGAUUGAUGUCUGAUUAGGGGGCCAUCCUCCCAGUGUCGCCUGGGUAAAACAUACUCUUCUUGCCUGAACAGCUUUGUGGCUCCAGAGUUUCUCCCUAGCAGUGAUGGUGAACCUAUGGCACAUGUACUGCAGCCAGCUGUUUGUUAUCAUUGAACACUCUCAGAAGUUACCUGUCACUGCCCUAGGGCCUCAUCUAACAGACUUAUUAGAGACCAUCUAGCUGAUAGCUUCAGAGCUAAGAUCUGGCCAGCCUUUGCCCCCAGGUGAGUUCCUGCUGGGCCCAGCAGCUAUUUCCUGUAGUGCCCUGCUCACCCAGAGGCCUCCUCACCUGGCCUUUAGCCACAGGCCCCCCCCAGUCCUGUGUCCUGAGGCACUCUACUUUUCCCUGAUCCUCUUACCUUGCAGCCUGACCAGACCCUCUCUGGCAGUCCCACUGUGUCUCCCGCCCAGCCUUUGCUUUAGUUGGACUCUGUCUAGGGCCCUGUCCUCCUUUAACUGCAUUCAGUGCCUGGUCCUGAUGCAUGGGGCCAUGCAUGCAUCAGCAGAGGCCUGUCUCUUCAAACCCAACCUGGGUGCUGCUUCUGCUGCUUCUGGCUCCUGAGCUUUUGGGCCCUGGCUACAGCUCCCACCACAACAGUACCUGCUUUGCUCCCACAUGGCCACACGGUGUCAGACUCUGCCUUCAGGAAGCACCCUGGCCCUACCUUCUCUGUUCCCACAAUAACACCAUGCUCCUGAUUGCAGCUGGGACAUAGGAUUUGGAAUAAAUGUUCAGUGACCAAUCCCAA